AUGUCGGCGCUCUUUAAUUUGGAGUCCAUGAUCACCGUUAUCAUUCUCUGCAUUUGCACAUGUACCUACCUCAAGCCGCGUUUCCCUAACAUCUUCGACAACAAGAAAAACGGAUUCCUAGGCACACUUGGCAAAUUCGCAGUCAUCGGGGAUCGUCUGUCCUUAUACGUGUCCCUUGCCUGCGUCAUUCUGGCCUUCGUUAACCUAUUUCUGCGCUAG